AUCAUCCAAUCAGGACGCAGAAAAUUUCGCACUGGUCCCGCGAGUUCGAGACAUGUGCGAGACGGCUCAAAAAUUUCAAAAAUAUCUGUUUUCGAAACAAAUUCAGUGAAGAUCGGAUCUAUAUAGUAUUAAAAAAUAUAUAUUAUUCACAUGUGUUUGCUUGUCGAAGAUUGAAAUUUAAAGAUUAUGGCUAGCCAAGGCGAUAAAUGGACUGGAAAAGAUGAAGGCGAAGUGAAAUCUACACCGUCAAUUAACCAAGAGGUCGCACCGACGUUGGUUUCUAGUACUGAUACGAAAGGUACAAAGCUUUAUAUUUUUAUCUUUUGUAUUGUUUUGUUUCCUUUUUUGACGAUAGUUGAUGAGAAAAUAUUCUUGUCUAAAGCUUGCUUCAAUCGUCAAAAGAGGAAAGUUCUUAGUUGGCUUUAUUAGUAUUUGUAUUUAAUAUGAAAUAUGAAUUCUAUAUUUAAUAAUUAUUAAACUUCCUUUAGCCUAGAUAUAAAGUUUCUAAAAUCUUGCAUAGUCCAUAUUCUUGGCAUGUCUUGCAUACAGAAUACACCCUUCUGGAAAGUAUCUCACUUUGGCUAUAUAAAAGCCUAACAUCAAUCACGAAAAGAAUGGCCAAGGUGAUGUUACUACUACUUCUUUCCGGAACCGUGUGUAUAUACAUUGCCUUGAAUUGUAUGAUUCAGCUAGGAUAUGAUGAAACAUUGGAUAGUAUAAGUUUCAAGAACUCUAAACGAUAACCACAAAAUAAGGGCCAUAAUUUGCAAAUAGGUAUAUAUUAUUUAUUGAUUCAUUAUCAAGAUAGUUUCACAAAUUAAUUGAUUAUUGCAGAUAUUGAUGACAUUAUAUGUUAACACUAUAGAAAUAAUAAAUAUCUAUAAUUACUUUCUAGGAUUAACACACUUCUGCCAUGGGAUGUGAACAGCGAAUUCACCAUUACCAUAUAUGUUACAAUCUAGCGCUUUGACAAUGACUCAAUUUUUUUGGCCAAAUAAUAUAUUUUUAUCAACUUUAUAAUAGUCUAUAACUGGAAAUGAGUAGGAAUAAAGAGGUGCAGAAAACCCAAAAUUCAUAAUUAUUCUAAUAUGACAGAAAUAAAAGUCGAAGGUAGUGUUUGUAAUAUUAUUAACAACAUACGUACCGUUGCUUGCAUCUACAAAUGAACACUCGCUGAUAAAAACACUCUGUCUAUUCCCACGUUCUGAGUAUUUGACAGGUUUCAAUGAGCUCAUUGUGAGGAUACUUCAAAUGUGAUUAACUGAUCAGAUUAAAAGCCGUCAAAUUCUCCUGACAAACACCAAAGUUUCAUGUGAGGCUAUGAGCAUAGAUGAUGGUUGUGAUUAUACUGGAGGUUUAGACUCAGGGGCGUAGCCAGCCCCAAACGAGUGGUGUGGGGGGGGGGAUGUAAUUGUCUGGUCAUUCAGGGGCAUGGUCCCCUGGAAAAUGUUCCUAUUUUUAGGGUCUGUGAAAUGCUAUUUCAUGCAUUUGUUUUAUGAUAAUCUGAGUGCCACAGAUUUGGUAUAUUUUAUAUCAUAGAUGAAAACAUUAAGAGGUUACACCCUCACCCAGUUUCUCCUCAGUUUUGAAACAAUUACAAAAUUGGUCCUGAAAAAAAAGUGGGGGGUCGAGACUCCCCCCUUCCCCCUGUGGCUAUGCCUCUGCAGGAAGUUGUCAUGCUAUCAUAACAACUGCCCCCUCCCCCCAAAGUGAAAUAUGUGUCUUGCUCACUGAAAUUAUUUUUAUCCUUGCAGUCAAGAAACAUGGUGAGGCGGCUCAGGUUAUUGUUAUCGGAGGAGGAAUGGCUGGUCUUGCUGCAUGUGAACAUCUCGUCCAAUCAGGUCUCAAUGUUGUUCUGGUUGAAGCUAAUAACUACUUAGGUAACUGAAUUAUGUCCUAACAAUUUAAUUAAUUAAUUAUACUUUGUGAGCAUUAAUUGAUAUGAUUAACCCAGUGUGCCUUACUUUUUUUACUUGUCUAAUGCCAGAUGAUUUUACUUGUCAAUGGGGAAGCUCUGCAGCUUAAUGGGUUAAUUAAUUAAUCAUAUUCUAAUGAUUAAUUAAACACUUACUUAAUUUCUUAAGAUGUACCAAUUAAUUAAUUUAAAAAAUUCUAAUGGUUAAUUAAUUAAUUAGUUAUGUUUUUUAUGUUACUCUGAGUGUAUAUCCACAGCGGGCAGGCUGAAAAGUUAGCCUGACCACAGUGGGAAUCAAACCCACAACCUUUGCAAUAGUCUCAAAAUCACAAAAAAAUACUUAGUUAUACUUAAUCAGUAAAUUGAUCAUUAUCUUGAAUUAAUAAAUGUGCUAAUGUUUAGCUAAUCAUAUUCUAAUGAUAAAUUGAUUCAGUACUAAUUAUUUUGCAAUGUUGGUUUAAUUCUGCAGGUGGGCGGGUGAGACAGAUUGAAUCAAAUGGUUGGCCUCCAGUGGACAUGGGUGGUGAAAUUAUUCAUGGUUGUCUUACCAGAGUUUAUCAACUGGCAGAGAAAUAUAACUGGGACAAUGAAAUGGUACAACAUUAUUUUGGCAAUGUAUUAAAGAAGUCAUGUUAGUGAUGUUACCAAGCUGUUUGGCUGAGAUACACUCAUUUCUUUAAAGUUUCAGUAUGAAUUACAAUGAGUUCAGAUUCUGAGGGUAUAUAUAAACUCAUACCCAGGAUCUUUCCUCUAGCUGGGUACGAGGUUGUCUCUGUAUCUGUACACAGUGGGUGGGUUGAACUAAACACAGCAGAUGGUGGUGAACCUGCAGUUAUCAAAAUGAGAAAAUAAUGUUAACUUAUAGCAGUCUUGUAUAUGAAGGAAAAUAAAUACAAUUAAAAGAUGUGGUUUAAUUAGCUUUUCUCACGCCUGCCAUUUUUGGGUGGCUUUUCAGCCAAAGUCUGCAAGAUAAGUCACAAGUCCACAUAACAGCAACUUUUUAUAAUUUUUUUGACGAAUGACGGUAAAUUUGCUUUGUGAAUGGUUAGUGUAUUUUGAAAAAUUGCUUUUCAUAUUUGUAUUGGUUAACGAGAAUUAGAUGCCACCCAAAAAUGGCGGAUAUUCAUCAUCGUGAGAAAGCCUUUGAAGUUGAACACCAUAACCAUUAAUGCUUACUCAGCAAUAAUACCAGUGUUGGAAAACCUCCCAUUGUAUAUAAGCCUAAUAAAAACUUCCCUCUGUCUUGUGUAGUUAUUUGAUUACGAAGCUGAGAAUGGAUUAGAAUGGAUCUACCUUGAUGGUAAAAUGUACCCCUACCAUUCAAACCAACCUGACAUACUGGCGGCCUACACUGCCUGGGGAGAUUUCGUUUACAGUAAUAAACCUGACGACACUGCAAACAUUGACAUAACAGCAGCAGAAUAUUUUGCGAAACACCCUGAGAUCAAGAUAAAAUCACAACAUAUAUUUGAUGUGGUGUUCUGUCAAACAGAAGCGGCGAAUUUGAACUCGCUCGGAGCACAGGAACACAGUGAUUUUCAGAAUGGUUGGGAGUGUGGACCUGGCAAUUUUAGGUUCGUUUUGUCGCCUUUUCAUUUUUGUUCAAAAAAACUAACGUUGUUCAAUCCUCAAUCCCGAAAAAAAAUGCCAGCAUGUUUUAAGACAUAGUGUUCUCGAUCGUGUUUAUCCUGCGCAACGCGCGGAAGAAAGGCAAAGUGUGUUGAUUUAAUUAUGUCAUAAUUCUUGUUUGAAAUGCUUUCAUUUUGUAAAUCAUGAUAUUAACCCAUUGAGCGCCAGCGCUCUUCCGUUGACGAGUAAAACCUAAUGGCGUUAGACAGAGUAAAAUAAUAGAGCACAAUGUAAUUUCAUGGGUUAAUCGUUGUGAUUUUCAUUAACUUUCCGCAAUGAAUUUGCAAAGUCCAGAAUAUUUUAUCUGGCAAAUUGCAAACGAGUAGUAUGGGCAGGACUCUGCAAUAAAAUCAUUAUUAUUUAGUAGUAAGCUAUAUAUAUGCUGCAACAUUGCCUAAUGUCUUUCACAUGAGCUUAAGAAGAAGUGUACCACGGCAUUGCAAACUUAUUACGCUUUUUGUUCAAUGUAGGUUAAAGAACUCGCACAAACAAGUGGUGCAACAUUACACAAAGAAAUGUGAAAAGGCUGACAUAAAACUGAACUGGCAAGCAAAGGAAAUUGACUACUCUCUUGAAACUGUAACAGUAACCAAUCAAAACGGAGAAACACUACAAACACAAGCUGUCAUUCUUUGUGUUCCAUUGACUGUUUUAAAAGAUCGCGAUAUUACAUUUAAACCUCAACUUCCACAAGACAAACAGAUAGCUAUUGAAAAACUUCAAAUGUACACUGGAUUGAAAAUAGUUUGUCGCUUCAGGGAACGCUUUUGGCCAGAGACUACGAAACUAGUGUUUAAUUGCAUGUCGGAUAUAAGUCAACUGUGGAUGUACGCGGUCGUGAAUGAGAAGACUGGUGACCAAUGUCAUGUUGUAACUGGAUUUCAAACCGCUGAAUAUGCAAGACGAAAGGCUCACAUGACUGCAGAGGAAGUGAAGGAGAUAUUACUUGAUGAUUUGAAUCAAAUGUUUGGGUACGUGUAACAAUCCAGUAUAGAAUGUUGUACAGAGUAAAAAAACAGAAAAUAGUGCAUUUUAAGACUCCGCGACACUUUACAACUGCCGGAGUAAUUAUAAGAACAUUUUGUUUUCUAGAACUAAAGACAAACAGACUCCAGCGUCAGACUUUUUAAUCGAUUACGUCUACUGUCAUUGGUCGUCAAAUCCUUACAUACGUGGUGCUUAUAGUUCACCCUCAGUACACGCGCGUGGAUCGCGCGAGAUUCUCGCGAGACCCGUGUCAGAUCGCGUGUUCUUUGCAGGCGAGGCGACGCGUGAUCGAGGGGACUUUGCCACAGUCAGUGGAGCGCUGGAGAGCGGCAUCAAAGCAGCCGGGGAAGUGAGAAACGCUUUGAAACUUUAA